AUGGCAUAUGCAAUCAGCCUCGACGCGUUGUACUUGUGUGCACGGAGGACCAGCGGCCUCCUGCAAAUUUUCGGAGAGUGCAUGCCGCAUGUGAUCCAGGAUUGCGCCUUCCAAGUGGCGCGCGGCGCGCCUGGGUGCAAGCGCAGGCAGCGGCAGACGCAGGCGCAGCAGGAGCAGCAGGAGAAGAUAGAGGAGGAGCGGGGCCUCGCAGCCCCGGGCCUGAGCGUGGAGCUGAUGGGCCAGAGGGGGGGCGGCGGCCAUGGCGGGGCCCAGUGGUGGCCGGCCCGCCGGUGGGGCCAGCCGUGGGAGCCGGCCGCUGCCAGCCAGGCGCUGUGCUCUGGCGUCGACAACGAGGGCAGGCCGUACGACUUCUCCCAGGUUGUUGUGAAUUUCAUCAACGUUGGCAUUAACUUCGGCAAGAAGUUUGCUAAGGACACCCCCGAGUGGAAGUGCAGCGGGAAGACGCCAUUCCACUGGGAGGGCGUCCGGCGGUGCGUGGGCCACCUGGCCGACGAGCUCGGCUACAGGGUCAUCGGCGUGAUAUCCCGUCGGAACUGGAGGGGGCUCGACGACCUCGAGUCGCCGCGGACCGUGGAGGGCGUGCCCGCAGACAUCCGCCCCAAGUGCGAGUUCAUCGAGGACAGAGACGCCCCGCGGCAGCGGCGCCUCGCAGAAGAGUGCGGAUGACGAGAUGACCAUCAAGUGCGCGUACCGGCGCAAUUGUCGUAUUCUGGACAACGACAACUACCAGGAUGACUGGCUCCGGGCCCUCGGCAACCCGCAGCAGCGCGCCUGGCUGCAGCACAACCAGGACGACAACCUGCACAUGAAGUACUACUUCGACUCGGGCCUGGGCUGCUUCGAGACGCUGGAUGGGAACGCCAUCCUGUGCCACCCCAGCGGGCAGG